AUGGACCAAAACUUUAACAUUUUUAAUGUUGAAAAAAAGUUUUUACAACAACUCUUCUUAUUUCUACAGGCGACGAAAGCGUUUCUAGACGCGCUAAGUGAAACUGGUGCGACGUGCAUUUCGCGGGCGACCGCGAUCAAGUUUCUGCUCGCGCGGAAGUUUGACGUUGCGCGUGCGCACACUCUGUGGCGGCAGCAUGAGGCUACUCGGCGCAGGGAGGGCCUCAUCAAAUUCGAACCUUUCGAAGAUCCUUUGAAAAGUGAACUGGAGACAGGCAAAUUUACUAUAUUGCCUACACGAGAUGCGACGGGGGCGGCGAUUGCGGUAUUCACUGCUAAUAAGCAUUUUCCCACGCAAACCACACAUCAAACAACCCUACAGGGCGUAGUGUAUCAAUUAGACGUGGCGCUUCAGUCGGUAGACACGCAACGCGCGGGCCUCGUGUUCAUCUAUGAUAUGACGGACUCGAAGUACACCAACUUCGACUAUGAGCUGUCACAGAAGAUUCUUACAAUGCUCAAGAACGAUAUCAAGGAAAUAGGCGAUGUAGAGGGAGAUGUGGAGAAGCUUAUGGAGUUUUAUGAGGGCCUGCCUUAUAUGUCAUACUCUGAUUGCACUGUCCACUUUGCUUAUAAGGGAGGUUACCCGGCCAAAUUAAAGAAGGUGUUAAUAGUGACGGCUCCAUUGUGGUUUAAGGCGCCAUUCCGAAUUUUACGCUUGUUUGUGCGGGAAAAAUUACGUGAGCGCGUGCAUACAGUAAGCGCCCCACAGCUCGGAGUACAUAUUCCACGUGCUAGCUUGCCUCGGCAGCUUGGUGGGCAGCUGGAACCAGACCACGCUGCGUGGUUGGAGCAUUGCCGAAACUGCUACACGAAUAAUCUGAACACAAAGUUGGACGGUGUUAUAGACGACUAUGUAAUAAGCAAUCACAUACCACCGGUCAAAACGCAAAAUGGUAUAAUAGAUGCGGAGGAGCCGUGUGACAUGAGCAGUGAGCGCCUCGACAACGGUUCUGACAUCAUGCAUAUAAGCGGCGACCCGCCCUACACGUGCGACCCCAGCCCGCUUAGACACACACACGGCUAUAAUGGCGACAUGAAGGCCGCGCACAUACAUUCGGACGAGGAUGACUUAGAUUUAAUAACCCGCGGCACGUGGUCGUCGGGCGAGGCGUCGCCGGGGCUGUCGGACGAGGAGUGCGGCGGCGGCGGCGCGGGCGAGACGCCGGCCGCGCUGCUGGCGCGCGUGCGCGCGCUCGGCCGCCGCGGCCUCGUCGCCGAGUACGAGGAGAUCCGCGCGCGCCCGCCCAACGGCACCUUCCAUCAUGCCAAGUUGCCGAGCAACCUCGCAAAGAACAGAUACACGGACGUGCUGUGCUACGACCACUCGCGCGUGCCGCUGUCGCUGCGCGACGACGACCCCGCCUCCGACUACAUCAACGCGAACUACGUGGACGGGUACAAGCAGCGGAAUGCGUUCAUAUGCACGCAAGGUCCACUGCCGAAAACGUUCGGCGACUUCUGGCGCAUGGUGUGGGAGCAGAACAGCCUGGUGAUAGUGAUGACGACGCGCACGGUGGAGCGCGGCCGCGUGAAGUGCGGGCAGUACUGGCCGGCGCCGGGCGCGCGCGCCGAGCACGCCGGCCUCGCCGUGCUCAACGAGGCGCACGACCAGCACGACGACUACGUCGUGUCGCACCUCCUGCUCACCGACCUCCGGACGGAGCAGCGGCGGCGCGUGUGGCACGGCCAGUACACGCGCUGGCCGGACUACGGCGUGCCGGGCGGCGGCCGCGCCGCGCCCGUGCUGCGCUUCCUGGAGCUCGUGCGCCGCGCGCAGCAGCGCGCCAGGCACGAAUUAGGCGAUGCGUGGGCGGGCCACAGCAGAGGCCCCCCCAUCGUGGUCCACUGCUCCGCUGGCAUUGGAAGAACAGGCACGUUCCUGACGCUGGACACGUGCACGUCGCGGCUGGCGGCGGAGGGCGUGGCGGACGUGCGCGGCGCGGUGGAGCGCAUCCGCCAGCAGCGCGCGCACUCCAUACAGAUGCCCGACCAGUACGUCUUCUGCCAUCUGGCGCUGCUCGAGUACGCGGUAAUGCACGGCUACUUAGAAUCGGCGGACCUCACCGGCUUCGACGAGGACAACGAAGAGGAGUCAGAA